AUGGACCUCGACGCGAUGACGCAGGAGGCUGUGGCGCUAUUCCAAGCUGGCGAUGCUCAGGCAGCCUUGGACCUGGCUGUAGCCUUCGCGAACGACGCAGAGCAGUUGCUAGGGCGAACGCAUCCAGUGCAUGUGAAUGCAUUAGCCACCGUGGCUGCGCUCGCCGAACAGAUGGGUUGCAGCCAGGAGGCCCAAGACCUCCUCGAGGAGGCCGAGGCCUUGCACGAGGAGCAUGAGAUGGAGCAGGAGUAUUUCGAGCUGGAGGCAGAGAUGGAGUCGGGCACGAGCUCCGAGCCCGAGAAGCCAGUCCGGGCUCCUUCGCCGGCGCUGAGCACCCACACUGGCAGCCGGGCCUCGGGUGACAUCCCACAAGGCCACUCCGACACCGAGGAUGAGGAGGCGGAAGCCGAGUCAAUCCGCCGGCUGACCUGGGAGGUGAAGGAGUCUCUGAGCUGA